AUGAAUAAAUCUGAAUAAAUUACAGAAACUCAAGCUGAGAUACAUGAAUUAAAACAUUUUAUACAUGAAUCCUACUAGCAAGUUAAUUUGCAUUUUAAAUGUGAUGAUACAUACUAUAUCAAUUUCGAUGAAUGUAUGUUUGUGAUUGAUUAUCUGUUUAGUAUUUACUAAGUCGACUCUGCCUACAAAUAAUAGAUUGUAGAACACAUUAAGGGUAUAAAAUUUUAAGAGAAACAUUCAACUAUAAAAAGAGAUAAAUUUAUAGUGUAUCUCUUACAAGUUUUCAAAGGGUUAGUAAAAAGGGAAUAAAAUAUUACUAUGGAAGAUUUAAUUGUAUAUAUUGACACUAAAUUAAUUAUGGAAAUCGAAGAUUAUUGGGAUAGAUUGAAAGAGAAUGAUUAAACAUUUAUUAGUAAAGAUGAAUGCAUUAGAUUAAUAAAAGAUGUUCUCUAGAAAUUUGAUAUUGAUUAUUCAAAAGUUAGUGAGUUAGUUGAUUGGGAUUUAAAAGAAAUUCACAAAUUUGUUUUCUUUCAAGAUUUUCUUUCAAUUGUCCUUUAAAUUGCUAAACAACAACAUCUUUAACAUAAAAAAUACCAUGAUAAGUAAGCCUGUAGUUGCUAAAUAUUUUGA